AUGUCAUUCAAUUCAACUCUUCAAACUAUGAAUUCGACACAAGAAUCUUCAAAUGAAAUAAUCGAUCGAGUAUCAAAACUAACUAAUCCGAUUCCAACUACACCUACAUCUACAUUGACCAAAAGCUUUCUAAUACAAUCCAACACUCAAGAAAACAGACCCAUCAGAACUCGUAUGAUCUCUGUAAAUCAAGAAGAACCUAUUCCAAAACGUGUCAAAACUAUGAUCAAACCAAUCUUCCAUUCAAAACCAGAUCAUCAUCUUCAAGAGAAACUUUGCUUUGAAAACUCAAACUUUGAUAUUUCUCAUCAUUCAAGUGAUUGUAUCUUACUAGAAAGAAAUGAUUCAUUAUCAAAAGAAAUCAAUCCUAUUCAACAUAAUUAUCAACCAGCUCAACAAAUCAUAAAUCACAUCAGUCAUGAUCCGAUUCUAACAAAUAAUAUAAUAAACAAACCUGAUAAAUUGAUAUGUUCUGUAUCAAAUUGUAAAGCAAGUUUUCAUCAAAAAUGUUUCAUUCAAAGACACGAAAAACUACACUUAGAUUUCAAUCAAAGCUCGAAACUUAAUUGUCAAUGUGGUAAAGGAUUUACCAAACCUGAUGAAUUAAUUAAACAUAGUCUUCUUGGAAUUUGUUAUGGAAGUAGAAUCCCUUUUAGAUGA